AUGUUGUUCCAGGUGUGCCUGUAUUUUUACUGUAAAUUUUUGUGGCGCUGCCUAAAAUUUGUAAUGAGGAAGCUGACUGGAAGAUGUGAACUGCAACGGAUCUGUUACAGUACCAAGCCUGGGGCUUCUAGAACCAUGAAAAUCGAAACAUCACUGAGGGAUUCAAAAAGUAAGCUGCUGCAGACUUCCGUGAGUGUUCACCCUGAUGCUAUUGAAAAAACUAUAGAAGACAUCAUGGAACUGAAAAAAAUUAACCCCGACAUAAAUCCACAGCUGGGAAUCUCUCUUCAGGCUUGCCUCCUGCAAAUUGUUGGCUACAGAAACCUUAUUGCAGAUGUGGAAAAACUGCGCAGAGAACCGUAUGAUUCUGAUAACCCCCAACAUGAAGAAAUGCUGUUGAAGUUAUGGAAAUUCUUGAAGCCUAAUACUCCACUGGAAUCUCGGAUUUCUAAGCAAUGGUGUGAAAUUGGCUUCCAAGGUGAUGAUCCUAAAACAGAUUUUCGAGGAAUGGGACUUCUGGGCCUAUACAAUUUGCAGUAUUUUGCGGAAAGGGACGCCGCGGCAGCCCAGCAGGUCCUCUCCGACUCUCUUCAUCCAAAAUGCAGGGAUAUCACUAAAGAGGAAACAAGCAAAUUCAGCAAAGCGGAAUGGGAGAAGAAAAGGAUGGAUAAAGCAAUUGGGUACUCAUUUGCAAUUGUGGGCAUCAAUAUAACUGAUCUGGCGUAUAAUCUACUGGUGAGCGGAGCGCUAAAAACUCACUUCUACAACAUUGCCCCAGAAGCUCCAACACUGUCUCAUUUCCAGCAAACAUUUUGCUACUUGAUGCACGAGUUUCACAAGUUUUGGAUUGAAGAGGACCCCACGGACAUCAUGGAAUUCAAUCGUGUGCGGGAGAAAUUUCGCAAGAGGAUCAUAAAACAGCUGCGGAACCCAGACAUGGCAUUGUGCCCACACUUCGCUGCCUCAGAAGGUUUGAUCAACAUGUAG